CAGCAUUGUUCCACUGAGCUACAUUACCAGCCUCUAUUUGGGUUUUGAAUUCAGACUUUACCAUUGCCUGUGAUGAUUACUCAAUGGGCCUCAAAGAUGGAUAGAAGCUGAAUACCCAUAUUUUAGGGCUAGGAGAAUUGGGGAGCUGUGCACAGUUCUGGCUCUGAAUCUCCGUCCUGAGUUAUGCUGAGGGAAUGCCACCACCCCAUGAAAAAUGCACCAAAGUCUGGAGCAGUGGGAUCCAGUGAACCAGUGAGUUUAUUGGGGGUCAAUUACAGAGCAAGAAGAAGGGUUAUAUAUAGGAACAUGGACCCCCCCCUCCAAAGCAGCCACUUUGAUGGGAAUUCCUGUCGGGUUUACUACUUGGAUGCUCCUCCUUCAGCCUCAGGAUGAGGGCUUACUUACAGAGCAUGGGGACCCCAGAGCAGCUGCACCACUGAGAAGUCUCAUAUCACUCUUGAGGACCUCCCCAUGACUAUUUCCAGGAGCUCCUUGUCCCUGUCCAGGAGUAUGUGACCCCCCUUCCCCAAGCAACACUUCAGUGGGGCUCACUAUGCCAGGAUUACCUCAUGGGUGGUCCUCCCUCAGCCUCUACGUUCAGAGCAUGGAAACACCACCUCAGUGGAGCUCAUUGUUCUAGAUCUUUCAUCUUCUAUAUACCCUGUUUCCCUCUGACAUCGCAAGACCCCAUGCAUGGUUAUAUACAGCUGGUGCAGGAGGCAGCUGAAUCUCAGGUGGGGAUCAGAUUACCCUCACUGUGCCUUCUCUUGUGAGUUGACUCAGCUGCUUUUGAUGACAUUGGCAAUAGUAGCUUACACUGCUUAAUGGGGAGGAAAUUUGCCAGGAGUAUGGAGACCCCAGAGCAGCACUUCAGUGGGACUCACUAUGUUGGGCUUAGAUCCAUGGAUGCUUCUCCCUCAGACUUGGGGUAAGGGCUUACUUACAAAGCAUGAGACCCCCCCCCCCAACAAACAGCAGCACUUCAGAGGGCUUUAUAUAUAUAUCUAAACCCUGUGGAGGCUCCCUGCUCAGGGUGACGGCUUGCUUACAGAGCUUACAGACCCAAAAGCAUACUUUGUUGGAUUAUUGAGAUUACCUGUGUGGAUGUUAACCCGUUCAGGCUCAGGGUGAGAGCUUGCUUAUAGAGCAUGAGUUUCACCCCCCACACACACACUCACAGAAGGAGAACUUAAGGAGCCCAAUGAAAAGAGCCCAGAAGGAAACAGCCCAGCACUUUUUGCAUGUGGUGAGGACAGUCCUUCCUCAGGAUAAUAAGAACAACAAGCCAGACAGAGUGCUAACAGGAAACUACAGGAUUUUAGAGGUGGCAUGACACAGUCCCUUGCAAAGAAAAACCAGUUUGAAAGCGAUCUCAGUGCUUCCUUUAAAAACCCUCAGUGAUAACCUUGAACAUGUCCUCACGAAGCAACAACAGCAAAGGCAGGACCAUCAUCCCAGGUACCCUUGGGGGCUUGUGCAUUUCUGUAACCAGUGCUAAGUAGAUACAAGUGCAGAGAGCUAGGAACAAGAAGGAAAGCUCACUGCUAUUAGCUCACCAGCAAAGGAAUAUUGUGCACCAAGCCCAGAUGGCCAGAAAGUGACAUUGGGAUAUGUUAAAAAUUUACAAGAGAUAUUCUUAAAGAGAACCAAGGCUUUGGGUGAAAAUUUACCUCUUGGUGGAUAAAGUCACAUACUGAAUGAAAUGAAAUGGUCAACAUGGAGGAAAAACUCAUAAAGAAUAAAGAACAAGAGCAAAAUAUGCCCCCCCCCCAUUGGAAAGUACCUUCAAUCCAUGCAUUCCCGAGCGCUGAAGAAAGCAUGUGGUCCUGGCAUCUGCAGUCAAGGCACAGCCUUUGGUGUACUAGCAGGAUUUCCAGUAGAAAGCAGCUUGCCUCCUUUAUCAUUUGUUUGCCACAUGCAAGACUCCGCCUCUCUUCUGCUGUCCUCACUCUGCCAUAGGCCUCAGGGCCUUGGCCUGUGGUUCAUUUUUCUAUCUCCAGCUUUCUGCCGAGCCAUUAUUGACUGUUCCGACUGGGGGUCCAUUAGCAUUUUACCCAUGCGUGCAAGUUAUGGGUCCUCUCAUGAGUUCCAGCUGUGAUGUUUCAGCCAGUCAGACAUAUUCUCUUGUCACUGCCCAUCAUGUAUGCUAAGUGACACCUCUGAGGAUGGCGAGGUUCUGAAGGCUGUGUUGAGCACCAGGGUCUGGCCAAGUCCCAGAAAACAGUAACCAUGGCACCCAAGGCAAGGAAGUCCUUAGAGCUGCCAAAUGUCACCAGAUGCUUGCAGAUCCUACUUCCAAUGACUCGAGGAGCCCAAGUGUAAAGAGCCCAGAAGGAAAAAGCCCAGCACUUUAUGCAUGUAGCGAAGACAGUCCUUCCUCAGGAUAAUAUGAACAACGCGCCAAGGAGUGUGCUCACAGGAUGCUACAGGAUUUUAGAGGUGGCAUGACACAGUCCCUUGCAAAGAAAAACCAGUUUGAAAGCGAUCUCAGUGCUUUCUUUAAAAACCCUCAGUGACAACCUUGAACAUGUCCUCAAGGUGCAACAACAGCAAAGGCAGGACCAUCAACCCAAGAACCCUUGGGGGCUUGUGCAUUUCUGUAACCAGUGCUAAGUAGAUACAAGUGCAGAGAGCUAGGAACAAGAAGGAAAGCUCACUGCUAUUAACUCACCAGCAAAGGAAUAUUGUGCACCAAGCCCAGAUGGCCAGAAAGUGACAUUGGGAUAUGUUAAAAAUUUACAAGAGAUAUUCUUAAAGAGAACCAAGGCUUUGGGUGAAAAUUUACCUCUUGGUGGAUAAAGUCACAUACUGAAUGAAAUGAAAUGGUCAACUUGGAGGAAAAACUCAUAACGAACAGUCAGGAGCAAAAUAUGGCCCCCCCCUUGGAAAGUACCUUCAAUCCAUGCAUUCCCGAGGCGCUGAAGAAAACAUGUGAUCUGGGCAUCUGCAGUCAAGGCACAGCCUUAGGUGUACUAGCAGGAUUCCCAGUAGAAAGCAGCUUGCCUCCUUUAUCAUUUGUUUGCCACAUGCAAGACUCCGCCUCUCUUCUGCUGUCCUCACUCUGCCAUAGGCCUCAGGGCCUUGGCCUGUGGUUCAUUUUUCUAUCUCCAGCUUUCUGCCGAGCCAUUAUUGACUGUUCCGAUUGGGGGUCCAUUAGCAUUUUACCCAUGCGUGCAAGUUAUGGGUCCUCUCAUGAGUUCCAGCUGUGAUGUUUCAGCCAGUCAGACAUAUUCUCUUGUCACUGCCCAUCAUGUAUGCUAAGUGACACCUCUGAGGAUGGCGAGGUUCUGAAGGCUCUGAUGAGCACCAGGGUCUGGCCAAGUACCAAAAAACAGUAACCAUGGCACCCAAGGCAAGGAAGUCCUUAGAGCUGCCAAAUGUCAGCAGAUGCUUGCAGGUCCUCCUUCCAAUGACUCGAGGAGCCCAAGUGAAAAGAGCCCAGAAGGAUAAAGCCCAGCACUUUAUGCAUGUAGCGAGGACAGUCCUUCCUCAGGAUAAUAUGAACAACAUGCCAAGGAGCGUGCUCACAGGAUGCUACAGGAUUUUAGAGGUGGCAUGACACAGUCCCUUGCAAAGAAAAACCGGUUUGAAAGCGAUCUCAGUGCUUCCUUUAAAAACCCUCAGUGACAACCUUGAACAUGUCCUCAAGAUGCAACAACAGCAAAGGCAGGACCAUCAUCCCAGGUACCCUUGGGGACUUGUGCAUUUCUGUAACCAGUGCUAAGUAGAUACAAGUGCAGAGAGCUAGGAACAAGAAGGAAAGCUCACUGCUAUUAGCUCACCAGCAAAGGAAUAUUGUGCACCAAGCCCAGAUGGCCAGAAAGUGACAUUGGGAUAUGUUAAAAAUUUACAAGAGAUAUUCUUAAAGAGAAUCGAGGCCAUGGGUGAAAAUUUUCCUCUUGGUGGGCAAAGUCACAUACUGAAUGAAAUGGUCAACUUGGAGGAAAAACUCAUAAAGACCAGUCAGGAGCAAAAUGUGGUCCCCCUUGGAAAGUACCUUCAAUCCAUGCAUUCCCGAGGCGCUGAAGAAAGCAUAUGAUCCUGGCAUCUGCUGUCAAGGCACAGCCUUAGGUUAACUAGCAGGAUUUCCAGUAGAAAGCAGCUUGCCUCCUUUAUCAUUUGUUUGCCACAUGCAAGACUCCGCCUCUCUUCUGCUGUCCUCACUCUGCCAUAGGCCUCAGGGCCUUGGCCUGUGGUUCAUUUUUCUGUCUCCAGCUUUCUGCCGAGCCAUUAUUGACUAUUCCGAUUGGGGGUCCAUUAGCAUUUUACCCAUGCGUGCAAGUUAUGGGUCCUCUCAUGAGUUCCAGCUGUGAUGUUUCAGCCAGUCAGACAUAUUCUCUUGUCACUGCCCAUCAUGUAUGCUAAGUGACACCUCUGAGGAUGGCGAGGUUCUGAAGGCUGUGUUGAGCACCAGGGUCUGGCCAAGUCCCAGAAAACAGUAACCAUGGCACCCAAGGCAAGGAAGUCCUUAGAGCUGCCAAAUGUCACAGAUGCUUGCAGGUCCUCCUUCCAAUGACUCGAGGAGCCCUUGUGUAAAGAGCCCAGAAGGAAAAAGCCCAGCACUUUAUGCUUGUGGCGAGGACAGUCCUUCCUCAGGAUAAUAUGAACAACGCGCCAAGGAGUGUGCUCACAGGAUGCUACAGGAUUUUAGAGGUGGCAUGACACAGUCCCUUGCAAAGAAAAGCCAGUUUGAAAGCGAUCUCAGUGCUUCCUUUAAAAACCCUCAGUGACAACCUUGAACAUGUCCUCAAGAUGCAACAACAGCAAAGGCAGGACCAUCAUCCCAGGUACCCUUGGGGGCUUGUGCAUUUCUGUAACCAGUGCUAAGUAGAUACAAGUGCGGAGAGCUAGGAACAAGAAGGAAAGCUCACUGCUAUUAGCUCACCAGCAAAGGAAUAUUGUGCACCAAGCCCAGAUGGCCAGAAAGUGACAUUGGGAUAUGUUAAAAAUUUACAAGAGAUAUUCUUAAAGAGAAUCGAGGCCAUGGGUGAAAAUUUUCCUCUUGGUGGGCAAAGUCACAUACUGAAUGAAAUGGUCAACUUGGAGGAAAAACUCAUAAAGACCAGUCAGGAGCAAAAUGUGGUCCCCCUUGGAAAGUACCUUCAAUCCAUGCAUUCCCGAGGCUCUGAAGAAAGCAUAUGAUCCUGGCAUCUGCUGUCAAGGCACAGCCUUAGGUUAACUAGCAGGAUUUCCAGUAGAAAGCAGCUUGCCUCCUUUUUCAUAAUUUUUUGCCACAUGCAAGACUCCGCCUCUCGUCUGCUGUCCUCACUCUGCCAUAGGCCUCAGGGCCUUGGCCUGUGGUUCAUUUUUCUAUCUCCAGCUUACUGCUGAGCCAUUAUUGAAUGUUCCGAUUGGGGGUCCAUUAGCAUUUUACCCAUGCGUGCAAGUUAUGGGUCCUCUCAUGAGUUCCAGCUGUGAUGUUUCAGCCAGUCAGACAUAUUCUCUUGUCACUGCCCAUCAUGUAUGCUAAGUGACACCUCUGAGGAUGGCGAGGUUCUGAAGGCUCUGAUGAGCACCAGGGUCUGGCCAAGUACCAGAAAACAGUAACCAUGGCACCCAAGGCAAGGAAGUCCUUAGAGCUCCAAAUGUCAGCAGAUGCUUGCAGGUCCUCCUUCCAAUGACUCGAGGAGCCCAAGUGAAAAGAGCCCAGAAGGAAAAAGCCCAGCACUUUAUGCAUAUGGCGAGGACAGUCCUUCCUCAGGAUAAUAUGAACAACGUGCCAAGGAUUGUGCUCACAGGAUGCUACAGGAUUUUAGAGGUGGCAUGACACAGUCCCUUGCAAAGAAAAACCAGUUUGAAAGCGAUCUCAGUGCUUCCUUUAAAAACCCUCAGUGACAACCUUGAACAUGUCCUCAAGAUACAACAACAGCAAAGGCAGGACCAUCAUCCCAGGUACCCUUGGGGGCUUGUGCAUUUCUGUAACCAGUGCUAAGUAGAUACAAGUGCAGAGCUAGGAACAAGAAGGAAAGCUCACUGCUAUUAGCUCACCAGCAAAGGAAUAUUGUGCACCAAGCCCAGAUGGCCAGAAAGUGACAUUGGGAUAUGUUAAAAAUUUACAAGAGAUAUUCUUAAAGAGAAUCGAGGCCGUGGGUGAAAAGUUUCCUCUUGGUGGGCAAAGUCACAUACUGAAUGAAAUGGUCAACUUGGAGGAAAAACUCAUAAAGACCAGUCAAGAGCAAAAUGUGGUCCCCCUUGGAAAUUACCUUCAAUCCAUGCAUUCCCGAGGCGCUGAAGAAAGCAUGUGAUCCUGGCAUCUGCUGUCAAGGCACAGCCUUAGGUGUACUAGCAGGAUUUCCAGUAGAAAGCAGCUUGCCUCCUUUAUCAUUUGUUUGCCACAUGCAAGACUCCGCCUCUCUUCUGCUGUCCUCACUCUGCCAUAGGCCUCAGGGCCUUGGCCUGUGGUUCAUUUUUCUGUCUCCAGCUUACUGCUGAGCCAUUAUUGAAUGUUCCGAUUGGGGGUCAUUAGCAUUUUACCCAUGCGUGCAAGUUAUGUGUCCCCUCAUGAGUUCCAGCUGUGAUGUUUCAGCCAGUCAGACAUAUUCUCUUGUCACUGCCCAUCAUGUAUGCUAAGUGACACCUCUGAGGAUGGCGAGGUUCUGAAGGCUCUGAUGAGCACCAGGGUCUGGCCAAGUACCAGAAAACAGUAACCAUGGCACCCAAGGCAAGGAAGUCCUUAGAGCUGCUAAAUGUCAGCAGAUGCUUGCAGGUCCUCCUUCCAAUGACUCGAGGAGCCCAAGUGAAAAGAGCCCAGAAGGAAAAAGCCCAGCACUUUAUGCUUGUGGCGAGGACAGUCCUUCCUCAGGAUAAUAUGAACAAUGAGCCAAGGAGAGUGCUCACAGGAUGCUACAGGAUUUUAGAGGUGGCAUGACACAGUCCCUUGCAAAGAAAAACCGGUUUGAAAGCGAUCUCAGUGCUUCCUUUAAAAACCCUCAGUGACAACCUUGAACAUGUCCUCAAGAUACAACAACAGCAAAGGCAGGACCAUCAUCCCAGGUACUCUUGGGGACUUGUGCAUUUCUGUAACCAGUGCUAAGUAGAUACAAGUGCAGAGAGCUAGGAACAAGUAGGAAAGCUCACUGCUAUUAGCUCACCAGCAAAGGAAUAUUGUGCACCAAGCCCAGAUGGCCAGAAAGUGACAUUGGGAUAUGUUAAAAAUUUACAAGAGAUAUUCUUAAAGAGAACCGAGGCCGUGGGUGAAAAAUUUUCCUCUUGGUGUAUAAAGUCACAUACUGAAUGAAAUGGUCAACUUGGAGGAAAAAACUCAUAAAGAACAGUCAAGAGCAAGAUGUGGCCACCCUUGGAAUGUACCUUCAAUCCAUGCAUCUGCAAUCCAGGAGAUGGCUGGCAGAGCCCUCAAGCAGACCGGCAGCAGGAGCAUUGAAGCUGCCCUGGAGUACAUUAGUAAGAUGGGCUACCUGGAUCCCAGGAAGGAGCAGAUCGUGCGGGUCAUCAAGCAGACUUCCCCUGGAAAGGGUCUGGCACCCACCCCAGUAACUCGGCGGCCCAGUUUCGAGGGCACAAGUGAUGUGUUCCCAUCUUAUCAUCACAUAGGUGGCACAGCCUAUGAUGGCCCAGGGUUUGGCGUGGACAGCCCUCCAGCACUGGAUGAAGUGCCUCGGCAAUAUGUGGACUUCCUCUUCCCUGGGGCUGGCGUACACAGCACACCAUGCCACCAACACCCUCCCAAGGGCUAUGGCGCAGCUGUGGAGGUAGCGGGCACGCAUUUUCCAGGUGGACACUAUGGCCGUGCACACCUGCUGGUGGCUACUGAGCCACCAGGCUAUGGAGUGCAGCGCAGCUCCUCCUUCCAAAGCAAGACUCAGCCUGAGGCAGCGGGUGGGUAUGCAGGCCUGGCUUCCAAGGCCCAGGGAGGCCCACCCAGCACCAGCCUUGUCUUCCAGGCUCCCACUGGGGGUGUGUACCCAACACACACACACCACAAGCCAGCUGGGCCGGGGGCCCACCAACUGCACAUGAUGGGUGCCUGUGGCCCAGCAUACACAGGGGAUAGCCCUCCACAGGGCCUGAUUACCCCCUCCAGAAACAGCCUCAAUAUGGACCUGUAUGACCUGGGCAGCACCGCAGUGCCAUGGCCAGCAGCCCCAUUGGCUCGCCGUGACUCCCUGCAAAAGCCUGGGCUGGAGGCACCACGUCAGCAUGUUGCCUUCCGGUCUACCGGCCCAGGGCCCAGUAGGACCAACUCCUUCAGCAGCCCACAGCCACGCUCCAGUGCACCAGGCCAGCCAGAGCCCUCGCUCCCUGCUCCCAACACUGUUACCACAGUGACAGCCACACACAUCCUGCACCCAGUGAAGAGUGUUCGUGUGCUGAGGCCUGAGCCACAGACUGCAGUGGGGCCCUCACACCCCGCCUGGGUACCUGCACCUGCUACAGUGGCCGAGAGCCUGGAGGUAAAGGACGAACAUGCCCUCAGCCUGAGUGGCACCACUGCACACCCACUGGACAUGGAGUAUGGCAACCCAGAACGCAGGUGCCCACCACCACCCUACCCAAAGCACCUGCUGCUGCCUAGCAAAGCAGAGCAGUAUGACCGGGACCUGGACAGCCUGUGCACUGGCAUGGAGCAGAGCCUGCAUGGGGGUAUGGCAGCUGAGCCUGACAGGAGUGACAAGAGCCACAAGAAUGCCAAGGGGGACAAAGGCAGCAAGGACAAAAAACAGAUUCAGACUUCUCCAGUGCCUGUCCGGAAAAGUAGCAGGGAUGAAGAGAAGAGAGAGUCACGCAUCAAGAGCUAUUCCCCAUAUGCCUUUAAGUUCUUCAUGGAGCAGCACGUGGAAAAUGUCAUCAAAACCUACCAGCAGAAGGUCAACCGGAGGCUGCAGCUGGAGCAGGAAAUGGCCAGAGCUGGACUCUGCGAGGCUGAGCAGGAACAGAUGAGGAAAAUCCUCUACCAAAAGGAGUCUAACUAUAACAGGCUGAAGAGGGCCAAGAUGGAUAAAUCCAUGUUUGUGAAAAUCAAAACCCUGGGCAUUGGUGCCUUUGGAGAAGUGUGUCUUGCCUGUAAGGUGGACACUCAUGCCCUUUACGCCAUGAAGACACUGAGGAAGAAAGACGUCCUGAACCGGAACCAGGUGGCCCAUGUCAAGGCUGAGCGGGACAUCCUGGCUGAAGCAGACAAUGAGUGGGUGGUCAAACUUUACUACUCCUUCCAGGACAAAGACAGCCUGUACUUUGUCAUGGACUACAUCCCCGGUGGGGACAUGAUGAGCCUGCUCAUCCGGAUGGAGGUCUUCCCAGAGCACCUGGCCCGCUUCUACAUUGCCGAAUUGACUCUGGCUAUCGAGAGUGUCCACAAGAUGGGCUUUAUCCACCGGGACAUCAAGCCUGACAACAUCUUGAUAGAUUUGGAUGGUCACAUCAAGCUGACAGAUUUUGGCCUCUGCACCGGAUUCAGGUGGACUCACAAUUCCAAGUACUAUCAGAAAGGAAACCACGUCAGACAGGACAGCAUGGAGCCUGGCGACCUGUGGGAUGAUGCUUCUAACUGUCGCUGUGGAGACAGACUGAAGACUCUGGAGCAGAGAGCACAGAAGCAGCACCAGCGGUGCCUGGCACACUCCCUGGUUGGGACUCCAAAUUACAUUGCACCAGAGGUGCUUCUCCGCAAAGGGUACACUCAGCUCUGUGACUGGUGGAGUGUCGGCGUGAUUCUCUUUGAGAUGCUGGUUGGACAGCCACCCUUCUUGGCACCCACUCCUACAGAAACUCAGCUGAAGGUAAUCAACUGGGAGAACACGCUGCACAUCCCGGCGCAGGUCCAGCUGAGCGCCGAGGCCCGGGACCUCAUCGCCAGGCUGUGCUGCGCGGCCGAAUGCCGCCUGGGCAGGGAUGGGGCCGACGAGCUCAAGGCGCACCCGUUCUUCAGCUCCAUCGACUUCUCCCGCGACAUCCGGAGGCAGCCCGCCCCCUACGUCCCCACUAUCAGCCACCCUAUGGACACCUCAAAUUUUGACCCCGUGGAUGAAGAAAGCCCUUGGCAUGAAGGCAGCGAGGGGAGCACCAAGGCUUGGGACACACUUGCCUCCCCCAGCAGCAAGCAUCCAGAGCACGCCUUCUACGAGUUCACCUUCCGCAGGUUCUUCGACGACAAUGGCUACCCCUUCCGGUGCCCGAAGCCUCCAGGCACCGACGCCCCGCGGCCUGAGAGCUCGGCCUGCGACAAGCCGAAGCCGGAGCCUGAGCCCGGGGAUGCAGGCGAAGGCUGCCGCCCGGUGUAUGUAUAGCGGGUGCCGGGGCAGCUGGCUGCUUCAGAACUUGGGCCACACAUGGGUGGCUUCCGCUGCCCGUAGUCCACUAAUUACUUCUUGUGAAAUUCUCCUCUCCGCAAAAAAAAAAAAAAAAGAAAGAAACUUUUUUAUUAAA